AUGCAGCAAAAUUCAAUUGCUUUACAGAGUUUGGAAGCAACUCGCGCAAACUCUGAAACAACCCAAAGACAGUUAAUGGAGAUCCUAGCGACCACUAGGAAUACACCGGGAGCGUCUUCUUCAAACGCUACUCACCAAGCGGAGUGGACCUUGGAGAGUUUUCUGCAGCACCACCCAGCCAAGUUCAACGAGAAAGGUUUAUCGGACGAGGCUGAUCAGUGGUUGAGAGACAUGGAGAGAAUUUACGAUGCCAAGAGGUGCCCGGACGAGAAUCGCUUGGCAUUCACGGAGUAUCUGCUUACCAGGGAAGCAAGCCACUGGUGGACGAGCAUUAAGGCUAUUUUAACGGACGCUCACAGUCCCAUCACUUGGGCAGUUUUCAGGAGUAAAUUCUAUGAAGAAUACUUCCCAAACAGCGUUUGUUACGCCAAGGAAGUUGAGUUCCUUCAACUGGUACAAGGAGGGAAGUCUGUGUCGGAGUAUACCAACACGUUCAAGCAUUUGUUGAGGUUCAAUACUAUGGCCACCAGUGAAGAGUGGCAGUGCCGGAAAUUCGAGAAUGGAUUAAGGAGUGAUCUAAAAGUACUGAUAUCCAGCCUCUGCAUUAAGUCAUUCCCUUCAAUGGUCGAGAGGGCCAAGGUGUUAGAGAAGAAUGUGGCUGAAGUAGAACAACAGAAGAAGCAACAAGUAGCCAGGGGACCGAUUCUAUCAAGAACAAAUCUGAAUCGGAAUAGGACGCCGUACGCUCGACCAGCGCAGUCAAGUGGGUCUCAGGCGAUGGUUGUUGCUGGACAGUCUGGACAGCAGGGGGCGAUCAAAUGUUUUCAGUGUGGAGGACCCCAUUUCAAGUCAGUCUGCCCUCAAUUGGUAGGAGGAAAGUAUUGCACUCGAUGUAGAAGAAACGACCAUCUGGAGAGCGAGUGCAAUAUGGGCGGACGAGCGGUCAUGAGACCAUCGAACGCUGGAAGGAUCCAGCAAGGGAGAGGUGGUCGGGCACAAGCAGUCGGACGAGUGUAUGCAAUAACAGGCGCAGAAGCAGCAAGUUCAGAGUUAGAGGUGAUUUUAGGAAUGGAUUGGUUAGCCACCAAUCGCAUUCUGAUAGAUUGUGGUGAGAAGAAGUUGGUUUUCCCUGAUGAAGAAGAGGAAGUGUUGUCGGUGACGCUCGGUCAACUAAAGGAAGAUAUCGUGGAGGGCGCCAGUUGCUUUUUGAUAAUGACGCAUUCAGAUGAAGAGUUUGAAGGUGUGAGCUGGGAACGAUCGUCCAGUAAUAAGUUAAGUGGAGGACGAUUGGUAAUAGAGGAAUUUCCUGAAGUUUUUCCAGAAGAAAUACCUGGACUACCUCCUAUUCGCGAGGUUGAGUUCACGAUCGACUUAGUGUCAACGGCGGCACCCAUCUCUGUCCAACCGUAUCGAAUGUCACCAGCUGAGUUGGUUGAGCUUAAGGAGAAAAUUAAAGAUCUGAUGGACAAGCAAUUUAUCAGGCCGAGCGUAUCACCCUGGGGAGCACCUGUUCUUUUGGUGAAGAAGAAAGAUGACAGCUCUCGGUUUUGCAUUGAUUACAGACAAUUAAACAAGCUGACCAUCAAGAACAAGUAUCCACUGCCAAGGAUAGAUUAUUUGUUGGAUCAACUGAAUGGGGCCAUAGUAUUCUCGAAGAUUGAUCUGCGAUCGGGGUACCACCAGAUUCGGGUAAAGGAAGAAGACAUCCAGAAGACUGCUUUCAGAUCUCGUUACGGACACUACGAGUAUGUAGUGAUGCCGUUCGGUGUGACGAACGCACCGGCAAUCUUCAUGGAUUACAUGAAUCGUAUAUUCAGGCCAUACCUGGACAAGUUCGUAGUGGUCUUCAUUGACGACAUCCUCAUCUACUCCAAGAGCCAUGAAGAACAUGAGGAACACUUGAGGGUCGUACUUGGCGUCUUGAAGGAAAAGGAACUGUACGCCAAGUUAUCAAAGUGUGAAUUUUGGAUGAAGAGCGAGCAGUUCUUAGGGCACGUUGUGUCAGCUGAAGGGAUCUCUGUAGACCCGACAAAAGUACGAGCAGUUUUGGAAUGGGCGAGUCCGCGUUCGGUCACGGAAGUACGGAGUUUCGUUGGUCUUGCGGGCUACUAUAGGCGCUUCAUCGAAGGAUUUUCUAAGAUAGUAGCAUCGUUAACGCAACUUACACGCAAGGAUCACCCGUUCGCUUGGACUGAUCGGUGUGAAUCGAGCUUUCAGGAGUUGAAGAAGAAGUUAACGAGCGCCCCAGUAUUGGUCAUCCCUGACACGUCCAAACCCUUUGAAGUAUAUUGUGAUGCAUCUCAUCAAGGUUUGGGCUGUGUACUUAUGCAAGAGAAGAGAGCGGUUGCGUACGCUUCUCGUCAAUUGAAAGUGCACGAGAAGAAUUAUCCGACGCACGACCUGGAAUUAGCAGCGGUCGUCUUCGCCCUGAAGAUUUGGAGACACCAUCUAUACGGAUCUACGUUCCAAGUCUUCAAUGAUCAUAAGAGUCUCAAGUACCUCUUUGAUCAGAAGGAAUUAAACAUGAGGGAAAGCGAAGUAGUAGCGGACGCUUUGAGCAGAAAGGUGGUGCACGUCUCAUCCAUGAUGGUAAGAGAGUUAAGUUUGGUGGAGAGUUUCAGAGAUCUAAGGUUGCAGUUCAAGUUAGGAUCGAACAACAUUAGAUGUUGUAACCUUAGAAUAUCUAGUGAUGUAUUCGACCGAAUCAGGGAGAAACAAUCUGAGGAUGAAGAACUGGUGAAGAUUCUGAACGCGCUCGGUACUGAUCAGGCCAGAGAAUUCAACACUGGAACGACGACUUCUUACGCUAUAAGGGUCGGACGUGCAUUCCAAAUAAUGGAGAGCUGA